CAGCAACUCCACUCCUUCCCACCGUCUCCUCGUCGUCGCCCGCAUUGACCUCGUCUCCCCAACGUUUCACCACCUUUUUCGCCCUCGUACCCCUCCGCUGUGCCCAGCGCACUUCCGCAGCCAGCAGCCUCUGGUAACACACUCCAACUCUAGUAGAAAACUCGUAAUCCAGCAGUAGACCCAGGACUUCAUCAGUCUCCUUCCCCUACCGACGACUCUCGACCAAUCCAGAAUGCAACUCCUCGCUGCCCUUGCCGCCGCUGCGGCCCUCAUCUCCCCUGUCCUUGGCCAGGGCACUACCAUUCAGUACACACCCACACACAACAUUACCACUAUCUACGGAACAUGGGCAUCCGGCAGCAAGAACGUCAUCACUGGACCGAGCUUUGCAUCACCGAACAACGUGUCAUUCCACUAUCCCGCCACGACUGGUAUGUCGUACUCUUUCACCACCGAUGGAUACUAUGAGAUCGCACGGUAUCGUAUGGAGGGCAAUGGCUCAGCACCAAACUGCAUCACCGGGGUGAUGAACUGGGCGCACGGCAAAUACACCCUGCAGCCCAACGGAUCCAUUACAAUGACACCCUUCGGCGACGGCUACCAGCAAAUCCAGGACGCCUGCGCUGCUGUCUCCAACUUCAUGCAGGACUACAACGACACGGAACUCUACGCCCAGUGGGGCAUCUCGCGUGAUACUACGCUCGGCUACAUCCUCCAGCUGUACCAAUUUGACGGCUCGCCCCUCCCUCCCCAGUACCAAAUCUCGACAAGCCCUAUCAUGCUCCCCACGCAACCGCUCAGGAAUGUGACGCCCCCGCCAGAGACGCCGUCCAGAAAGCGCAGCUUCGAGCAGGAGGAGAAUGUCCAGGUUGAUGCGGCUGCCACGAACGGGGCUACUCAAAUAUGGAGUGCGAACGUCGGGCUCGCAGUCGUCGGAGGCACGGCACUCGCGAUGGUCUCGGCCCUGCUGUGAGCUGCGUAAAGGACCACGAGCACACGAACAGCUGGUCUGGCUGGACCCUCGCUCGUCGCUUCUCGCACACAGGCGCCCAUUGUCUCCUCACAUCCCAGGUUGAUCCGAAUACGAGCUCCUUGACUUUCCGCCUUUCACCUCUUCACGUCCCAUUUCUCUCUUCUUUUCCUUCACCUUAUUUCACUUCAACCCCUUUUCUACCCCGCCGCACCGGACGCCGACGUAUAUUACUUCCUCCCUCUCCCCCCUUCCAACAUGUCUCGCGGCUAUACGGAUGCACUGCGUAGAACAUUAGACACUCGUUUAUCUCUUGGGCUCAUGAUUACAUGUCGGUGGACUUGACACUUUCGGGCGCGGACGGCCUCAGGGUUUUGUUGGUAGAGUCUGAUGUAGUACCAUACCCCAGUAUCCUCCUCUUGUGCGUAAUUGAACAGGAUAGAAAC